CUAAUAUGCUUGCCUUAGUCCUGAGGAUCAUAAACUUCUAUGUUUGUUUUCUUUUGUUCUUCUGAUUUUUCUUGAAAUGGGAUUGUAGUGGCGUCUAUUUUUUUAGCAAUUUCUUUUUGGGCCCUUUCUGUUGUGAAUUCUUUUUGGCGUUAUUACACUUUAUGCUUUGAUGGGACUCGUAAUUUUAUUUUUUUGGUUCUUACCCUCAAAUUUUCUUUUCUUUUAUAUUAUUUAUCGGUUUCCUUUUCAGACUUGGGGUUUUCCACAUUUCAUCAUCUUUCUUGUUUGAUACUGAGCAUAUAUAUACUAUAUUUUGCAUAUGUUAUUAGGUUUAUUUUCAUAAAUGUUUUGAGUUCGUGUCUCAGUGAUUCUGGCUGCUGAUUUGGAUGGAGGUGCAAAAUCCUGAACAUAAUCAUACUAUUGAGGUAUGUAGAGAUGUGUCAGGUAUUGAGAAGAGGAUUGAUAGGAAUAAAAUUUGUGCUGAAGCGACAUGUGGAUUCUCGGAUGCUAAAACCAGUUCUAGGGAUGCAAAAGAACGUUCAGCAUCCAUGAAGAAACUUUUGAUGGCAGUUGUACUUUGCAUCAUUUUUAUGAGUAUAGAAGUCGUUGGAGGUAUUGAAGCCAACAGUCUUGCAAUUUUGACUGAUGCAGCUCAUUUGUUAUCAGAUGUUGCAGCUUUUGCAAUCUCCUUGUUCUCGCUGUGGGCAGCAGGAUGGGAAGCAACUCCCCGCCAAUCUUAUGGUUUCUUCAGGAUUGAGAUACUUGGGGCUUUGGUUUCCAUUCAGAUGAUAUGGCUUCUUGCUGGGAUCCUUGUUUACGAAGCCAUUGCUAGAAUCAUCCACAAUACUGGUGAAGUUCAGGGCAAACUUAUGUUUGUUGUUUCUGCUUUUGGUUUAGUCGUUAAUAUUGUCAUGGCUUUCUUGUUGGGUCACGAUCACGGACAUCACGGUCAUGGUCACGAUCACGGACAUCACGGUCACGGUCACGAUCACCGACAUCACGGUCACGGUCAUGGACAUCAUGGUCAGGAUGACAAUGAUGAUGGGCAUGAUAAUGGCCUUGAGAAUAUUGAUGAUACACACAGCCAUGGAGUAAGCGUCAUCACUCAUCAUCACCAUCACGAGGGGCACGCUAAACACAACGAGCACCAUCAUGCCCAUCAAGAUCUCACUGAGUCUCUGCUCAAGACUACUUGCUCUGAAGGGGGGGAUAAUCCAAAAAAUGGAGUUAAACGAAAGAAACAACGGAAUAUAAAUGUGCAGGGAGCUUAUCUUCAUGUGCUUGGGGAUUCCAUCCAGAGUAUUGGGGUGAUGAUUGGUGGUGCAAUUAUAUGGUAUAAACCUGAGUGGAAGAUUAUUGAUUUGAUAUGCACUCUCAUAUUUUCCGUGGUUGUGCUAUUUACAACCAUCAAGAUGCUGCGGAGCAUUCUGGAGGUUCUGAUGGAGAGCACACCCAGAGAGAUUGAUGCAACAAGGCUUGAGAAAGGUCUCUGUGAGAUGGAUGAAGUGGUUGCAAUACAUGAACUGCACAUAUGGGCAAUUACUGUAGGGAAAGUGCUACUAGCUUGCCAUGUCAAAGUCAAGCCUGAAGCUGAUGCUGAUAUGGUGCUGAACAAGGUGAUAGACUAUAUUAGGAGGGAAUAUAAUAUCAGUCAUGUAACGAUUCAGAUUGAGAGAGAGUAGAUCUGAAGAGCGAGGAGCCUAGGACAUAGUGGUGGGAUGUUGUAGUUGGGCAAUGUACUAGAUGGUUUCUUCAAACCCUGAUUAUUCUCUUUACUAAUUCAAAUGAUCCAUCAUCUGGCCAAGUUUGCGCUUCAACUUUUUGAUUUUUUUUAUGGGAACUCUGGGAGGAUUAUGUGUUCGUAUC